AUGGAUCUCAAUUCGGUGCAAGAUCUCAAGAAUGUCUUGCGGCCGGACUUUUAUCAUGGGUACGCCACAGCAGCAGCCCAAAUAGAAGGUGCCUGGAAUAAAGACGGCAAAGGAGUGUCCAUAUGGGAUACAUUCGGACAUACGCCAGGCAAAAUCGCUGAUGGAAGCACAGCCGACGACGCCGUCCGGGCUUACGAUUUCUACCGCGAGGAUGUGGCGCUCAUGAAGUCAUAUGGUGUCAACGCCUACCGCUUCUCUCUAGCUUGGUCACGAAUCAUUCCCUUGGGGGGCCGCGAUGACCCCGUCAACGAGCAAGGCAUUCAGUUCUACUCCAAUCUCAUUGAUGAGCUUCUUAAAAAUGGAAUUACACCUUUUCUUACCCUCUUUCAUUGGGAUAUUCCCCAGGCCUUGGAAGACCGAUACGGAGGCAUGUUGAACCAAGAAGCAUAUACGCCUGAUUUUGUGCGCUAUGCUCGUGUUUGCUUUGAGCGUUUUGGUGAUCGUGUCAAGCAUUGGAUCACAUACAAUGAACCUGGUGUGUAUACCCUUGCGGGGUACGCAGCAGGUGUGCAUGCGCCUGGCAGGUCAUCUUUCCGAGAGCGCAAUGCCGAGGGCGAUUCAUCUACUGAGCCAUUCAUUGUUGCACACACCGAGCUCGUGUCGCAUGGCCAUGUAUCAAAGCUGUACCGAGAAGAGUUCCAGCCUCAGCAAAAGGGUACCAUUGGCAUUACUUUGCACGGGAACUGGUCUGAGGCUUGGGACGAAGAGGACCCACGCGAUCAAGAAGCUGCUGAACGAGCACGCGAAUUUGAGAUUUCCUGGUUUGCGGAUCCAUUAUACAAGACGGGCGAUUAUCCUGCAUCAAUGCGGGCACAAUUGGGGGAUCGGUUGCCGAAGUUCACGGCCGAGGAAUCCCAACUUGUACUGGGUAGCUCGGAGUUCUACGGGAUGAACAGCUAUACAACCUUUUUCGUGAAGCAUACAACUACGCCACCAGAUAUUAAUGACCAUAAAGGAAAUGUGGAUAUUCAUGAUGAGAACAAGCAGGGUGUGCCUCGCGGCGAGGAAAGUGAUACUCCUUGGCUGCGAGCUGCGCCUGGGGGUUUCAGGAAAUUAUUGAACUGGAUAUAUAAGCGGUACCAGACACCUAUUUAUGUCACUGAGAAUGGAACUACGGCAAAGGGUGAGAUCGCGCCCACCCCUGAAGUCCUCGAUGAUCAAUUCCGCAUCAAAUUCUUCGAGGGAUAUGUUGGAAAUGCGCUGGCACGGGCUGUAAAGGAAGAUGGAGUUGACAUUCGCUCUUAUUUUGCUUGGACAUUCACUGAUAACUGGGAAUGGGCCGCUGGAUAUGCGGAUCGUUUCGGUUCAUUUAUUGCAAUCGCCAAAAUGCUGUCUGAAAAUGAUCCGAUCAAGCUCACACUCAAGGGGACUCCUCAAGAAAUCGGAUUUCAGCAUGGUCGCGCGUUGAGUGAACAAAUUCGCAGCCAAAUAUCUAUCUACGACAUCAUGUUUCAGCAAACUUCAGCACUGACCUGGAAGGAUGUGCGCGAAGUCGCAAAGGAGUUUCAGCCAACAUUACAGAGGUUGACGCCGCAUCUGCUGGUAGAGAUGGAAGGAAUUGCCUCGGGUGCUGAUCUAGAUGUGCUUGAUAUUAUAGCCCUCAACUGCCGAAGUGAGAUCGCGCUGGGCAAGUUCUCUGAUGGCUGCACGACCCUGUGUUGGAAGAGAAGCGAAGGAGCACGAGUUCUCUCGCAAAAUUGGGAUUGGACGGCCACCGUCAAGAAGAAUCUUGCCAUGGUUUCGAUUGAGGAGGUUGGAAAGCCUACUAUCUAUAUGGUAACCGAGGCAGGAAUUGUUGGCAAGAUUGGGUUCAAUUCCAGUGGUGUGGGAACUUGUCUCAAUGCUAUCCGUGCAAAGCCCAUGAUGAGUAGCAAGCUACCAAUCCAUGUUGCGCUCCGGUUGUGUCUAGAGAGUACAUCUGUUCAAAGCGCCGUGACAACCCUUGAGUCUCUAGGCGGGGUUGCUUCCGCUCAGCACAUUCUCUGUGCAGACUAUACAACCAGUCUCGGACUUGAGUUGUCCCCGGUUGGAGACAAACAUAUCACCGAGAAUGAAUUAGGAAUGAUCGGUCAUACCAAUCAUUUCAUUGAGAAUCGCUAUGUUGAUGAGCCACCGUGGUUAUCUGGAUCGCCUAUCCGGCUGAAGCGACUGGGAGAGUUGACACAGGAGCUUGUUCGGAUUGGCGUUAAGGGUGAUAAUAUCACCGCGAAUUUGCUAAGAGAAUCUAUUUUCUCUGAUACAUAUAAUCUGCCACAAGCGAUAUGUUGCCAGGAAGAUCCCUUGCGACCUAUAUCUAGCAGGAGCAGCUCUUUGUUUAACAUUGUUAUGAACUUGGACCCGCAGAAUCUAGGAGCAGAGGUGGUCUUUGGUCGGGUGGGAUCUGGGGAAGAAGGCCCGGUGUUGAAAAUGCCUUGGUAA